AUGAUUUACCGAACGAAUUCGUUUCGAAUCGUAUUCAUUUUGAACUUAAUUUUGUGUUCGUUUGGUUGCAAAAUGAACCUCACGGAUAGAGCUUUCAAAGCGGGAGAUCUUAUUCUGGGCGGCUUGUUUCCCGUCCAUUCCUAUUGCUCGAAUUGUUGUAAAGGUCAGUGCGGCGAUCUUCGAUCCCUUGACGCUCUUUACUUUGCCGAAGCCAUGAUGUACGCCAUUGAUGAAACAAACAGAAAUUCAAGUAUAUUGCAAGGGAUUUCUUUAGGAUUUGAAAUCUUCGAUUAUUGCUCAAAAGACGUAAUAGCGUUGGAGAAAGCUUCUAAUUUCCUUCCGUCGUGCUGGAAAAAGCCUUUAUCACCAGUGGUUGGUGUUGUAGGACCUUAUUCCAGCAGUGUCGGGCUUCAGGUAUCCAAUCUACUUGGACUUUUCAAAGUGCCGCAUGUGAGCUAUGGCGCAACCAGUCCAUUACUCAGCGACAAGAGCCGCUUCAAGUAUUUUAUCAGAACAGUUCCUUCUGACGCUGUGCGCGCUCAAGCUUUGGUGGAUCUAUUGUUGAAAAAUGAAACAAAAUACGUGUCAGUUCUAUAUUCUGACGAUGAGUUUGGCAGAGAGGGGAAAAAAUACUUCACGCAAGCGGCGAAAGAGCGAGGCAUCUGUGUUGGUAUAACAAGGGCGCUACCUCAAGGUCAUACAGUGUUAAAAUUUGAUGACAUAGUCAUGGACAUAAGCCAAAAGAUAAAUGCCCAAGUUAUUGUCCUCUUUUGUUCCAAAAGUGAUAUAAGUUUGCUUUUUACAUCGGUUAAAAAGUUUGGAAAGGAAAGGUUUUUCAGAUGGCUUGUGGGAGGUGAUUACGCAGAGAUGUCCGUUUACUUAAAUGGAAACGAAGAUAUCGCUAAAAAUAUAGUUUUGUGUUCACCUCGUAAUGAAAAGUCAACGAGAUUCAUGGAAUGGAGAAACAGGAACAAUGUAAGUCACAGCCCGUGGUUCUCAGAAAUAGAACUAAAGUACGAAACCUCAAAAUAUCGCCCUGAAAAUGAAGGAAAAACAAUAUCCGCAGAUUUAUACAUUCAAAGCGUCAUCAACUCCGUGUACGCUUUUGCUCACGCACUGGACAAAAUGUGCAAAACUUACUGUGCAAAUAAUUCUAACGCCGCAACGUGUUUGAAAGAAAAAUCACUCAUCAAACCCUAUUGCUGGAAUAUAUUUUGA